GUCGGAAGAAGUGAAAAAAAAAGAUGGGGAAGCAGCCGGUGAAGUUGAAGGCGGUGGUGUACGCUCUUUCGCCGUUUCAGCAGAAGAUAAUGACGGGACUCUGGAAAGAUCUCCCUGAGAAGAUUCACCAUAAGGUCUCCGAGAAUUGGAUCAGCGCCACUCUCCUCCUCACUCCUGUCCUCGGUACCUACUGGUAUGCUCAGCACUUCCAGGAACAGGAGAAACUCGAGCACAGGUUCUGAAAACAUGAAGCCCUCUCCGUUAUUACAACUAUUUGACUUUGGUCGGAAGCCAUUUCCUGUAAUAGAAAAUUGUUGUCUGAAACUCGCUAAUAAAUGUUUUUGGUUCAUGACAAUCACUAUUGAUCUGCAUCUUUCUUGAUAUUAAUAUAGACAACAACGUUUGCU